CAAUGGUUGCUAAAAUAACAUAAACAGCAUUUCUCAUACUUAACUGACACCUACAUAUCUAAUACUGAGUUGGGAUGGGCCAAGUUUCUAGUAAAUCCAUCACGGAAUCUGAAGACGAAUUUUCUUGCACUGGUUCGUAAGGUGAUGUUGAAGGAGUUAGGGAAGCAAGAUAUUUAACUCGCAGCUUUUGUUCUUCGGUGUUCCUAAGACGCACCUUUUUUCUUUUAUGGCUAAUUUCUUGCCCACCCCAGCUAAAUUACCGGGUCGACCUGGCUCUCUCUGCCGCUGCAAGAAGAUCCUGUCUUCGUUUAUUUUCAUCAAUUGAAGGGCACUUCUUGGGUUUUGCUUGCAUUUUUUUUGCAAAUAUCUCCAAUCCGGGUAAAAGGUAACUAGUUGCUUAACACAGGUUGAGAUUUAGUUGGUAUACGUGCCUUUUCCCAGUAAAUAAUGCACUCACGAAUAGUAAGAUGGCGCUCUCACUGACACUUAAUUUCACUUUCCGGAUAUUAUAGAACAAAACUGCUAGUACUUGUCCAUUAGAGAACUGCGUAAUUCCUUCGACAUGUUGACUGAACGAAAACAGUGCAUUUACUAACAAAACAAACGAGCACUGCAAUACGUUACCUAGCUAGUUCCAAUGCAACUCGGCACGGGUUGUCCUGGUUCUAGGGGCGUCGUCCAAACUCUCACCGAGCAGCAAGAAUCUGUCCACUUUCUCUGCGACAGCCAGAAGGCAGUGACCCCCACUGAUGAGUAAUACCAGAAAAGGAAACGUCACGGUGCUGUCAUGCAUCCUGGCAGUCAAUGUAUGAGCUUCCAUGUGAUGGAUCGGGAUGAAAGGGCCUCCCUUCAUUUGCACGAGCUAGUAAACUGUCGCUGGGUAGAAGAGGUGACCCAACAGUUAGAUACACUCCAAUCCGCCCUGCCUACGGCGCUUGCAGGUCUGGGCAGCGCGAAACCAGACAGCGACAGAGACAAGUGCCUUUCUCAUCUGGAGAAGCUGUCCGUCUACUGCUGGACCUGCAGGUGCUGCAUAUGCCACCAAUGCGCCCUAUGGGGAGGUACCCACUCUGGACAUCUGUUUAAACCAUUGGACGAGAUUUACGAACAGCACGUAACGCAGAUCAAGGAUGAAGUCGCGCAGUUAAGGAGACGUCUCAUGGAAUUGAUAAGUAUUGUUCAAGAAGUUGAAAAGAACGUUGAAACAGUAAGAUCAGCCAAAGAAGAGCGAGUCAGAGAAAUAAGGUCAGUGGUUGAAUCGAUGAUAUCAAGGUUGGACUCGCAGUUGAAGACCAAACUGUUAACAUUGAUGGGGCAGAAGGAUUCAUUAACACAAGAAACAGAACAAUUGGAGCAUCUUCUACACGAGAUAGAACAUCAACUGCAUGUAUGCACAAGAUCAGAGUUGAUAAUGAAAAGUAACGAUUUAUCGCGGAUGAUAAAUGGGAUAAGAAAAAAACCAAUGACUAGUUUCGUAACUCCUCCAGUACCUGCAGAUUUUCAUAGCGAAAUCGUUCCGCCGUAUGACUCAAGCACCUUCAUAAUGUACAACUUCUCGCAGCUGCAACGCAAAGCUGAUCCAGUCUAUUCCAACCCUUUGCAAUCUAAAGGAUUAUGCUGGAGGUUGAAGGUAUACCCUGAUGGAAAUGGGAUUGUACGGGGAAAUUAUUUGUCUGUAUUUUUGGAACUCACUACCGGCUACCCAGAAACUUCAAAAUAUGAAUACAGAGUAGAAAUGGUGCAUCAGGCAAGUAGAGAUUCAUCUAAAAACAUUAUCAGAGAGUUCGCUUCAGAUUUUGAAGUUGGAGAGUGUUGGGGAUACAACAGAUUCUUCAGACUAGAUUUGCUGGCUAGCGAAGGGUACUUGAAUGUCACUAUGGACACAUUAGUAUUAAGAUUUCAGAUAAGAGCACCGACGUUCUAUCAAAAAUGUCGUGAUCUCCAGUGGUAUAUUAAUCAAAUACAGUCUAGAUCUCAAUCCUGUCUAACACCGAUUGAGAACAAGGUACAGGCUACUCGAUUUGAUUCACAUCCCUCAGUCAAUGGAGGUAUAAUGAGCGACGUGGGCACCAAUCCCAUACCAUCUACUUCACACGACUGUCCACCGGAGAAAUGUGUGAGUUCAACGAUUACGAAAGAGGCUGACAGUACGAAAAUGGAAGAAGAGAUGGAUACCAGCAAUAACGUUGCUACCACCAGCGUUACACCCACGAACAAAAUCACGCUAACGUCAAAAUCUAGCAACCAUUCUGUGGGUAGUACUACGUCGGAUUCAUCCAUACAAACACAGUAUUAUAUGUUCAAGGUAAGCGGAUCAAAGAGCACUCCAAGUCAUGAGGACGGCGAAAAAAAUAGCAUGGAAGAUCCUUCCAGACUGGGAGGUAUAGGAGUGUCAAUAAGUAGUCCGAAUUUGCUCAAUUCGGCAGUAAGUCUGAUAAUGACCAGUAGCAGCAGCAGUAGCAGCGAGAGCGACGUUAGCGAACCAGAACAUCUCAUAGAAGACUUUGAAUGCGGCAACAAUAUGGAAUUUACUAGUGAGCAAUCCAAUGAUGAGAACGAUGUAGAGCUAGAGGGCAUAUCUGGACAGGGAGACUGCAGCAACAUUUCCGGUGAUUCCUAUGAAUGCCAGAGCCCACAAUCUGGCAACGCCGUGGCCGAGAAAGACGGAGACCACUCGCCCAGCUUGGACACAUCAGCUGCCUAGCUUAAAGGGGAAAUAAAGCAGUCAGAAGUACUUAUUAUUUUGGCUGAUUUUGGUGCAAUAACACUCAAAUAGAAAACAAUCCUGGACUAAGCUAAUGAAAAACAAAAAUGAUAUUGAAUCAAAUAUGCUUUAGUAAAAUUUUGGUCGUUAAUGAACUUUAAUGAAGGUUUUUUAAAAUUUUCAAAUUCAUUUCUCCUGUACAACUCGAGCUGUGUUUGUAAUGUGAACAAGGAAAUUGGGAAUCAGAGGGUUAAUAAGAUGCAUAGUAUGUAGAUGACGCUAGUUGUAGCUAGGUUGUAGCCUACAAUCUCGAUACAUUAUGCCAUUGUUCUAGUAGUGUUUUAUAUGAGCGAUGAUUUUCAAGUAGAAAAGGUACCGUGAAUUUACUUCGAUUAACAAAACCCUUUUUGAGAUAUUUGCACUUCAAUAUCCUACUGCACAGAAAAAUGGCUGGCACGAGAACAGUUCGUUAAGAGUGGAAUAUGUUGAGAAAUGAAGGAAGUCGCGGAAAUUGGUCAAUGUCUCAGGUAUACGAGGGUGGUCUAAAAAGUUUCCGACCUAACAAAGAUGCAAGAAAUUUUUUCUGAUUUUUUUUUAACAUCCUUGUAACUCUACACACUUUUUCCAGCGAUGCUCCGAUCUCUGUAACCCGUCCAAAUAGUACUCGUCAUUUUUCUCUACGAAGGCGACUGCCUCUUCAUUUGACGAAAAUCUCUGUCCUCCGAGCGCAAUUUUUAGAUGAGGGAACAAAAAGAAGUCGUUUGGGGAUGGUCAAGCGGUUCAAACCGUAAUUCGUGAACUUUCGCCAUGGAAACCGGUGAGGUGUGACACGGUGCGAUGUCUUUCUGAAACAGGAUUUUAUUUUUCCACAAGCUCUGCCUUCAGCUUGUCAAGUAAUUAUGCGUAGAAUGCUCCUGUAAUGGUUUUUCCUUUUUGGAGAUAAUCGAUUAAAAUAACUCCAUGACUAUCCCAAAAAUAGCCGCCAUCACUUUCCCAGCCGAAAUAACAGUAUUUGCUUUUUUUGGAAAUGUUCAUUCGAACACGUUUUUGGUCUAACGUGAGCAAACGCGGCAUCCAACGCGCGGACAGGUCUCUCAAGCCUAAAUGUUGAUAUAAUAUGUGAUAAACACGUUCUUUUGACAAGUUCAUCACCUCUGCUAUCUCUCUCAUUUUAAUUCGGCGGUCGUCUAGCACCAUUUGGUGAACUUUGGCAUUGUUGUCGUCUGUAGUUGCAGUUUUUGGACGUCCCAAACGUUCAUCGUCUUACGGCCACGUAGUAAAUGAUGGUGCAGAGUUCCCAUAGACAGAAUCCAACUCAUCUUUGAUAUGAUCUGAAGCCAAUCUACCUCCCGUGUCACUCUGGCGUUUUAUUUCUGGGGCACCAUGUAUAAGGUGAAAUUUGUUGCAUUUAAGCCCCCCAUCACGUCCUGGAAGUAAUACAGCGAAUUACCAGUGACCCUCUUAAAACUCUCAUUAACAUCAUUAACAAGAGAGUUUCUACUAAGGCAUAUUUCGAUCAAUAUCAUCAUUUUCACGGGUUUAAUCCAGGAUUUUUUUCGCAUUCAUUACGGACCAUCUUGUAUAGUCAUAUUUUACCAUGAUCAUCGAAAUACUCGAGUAUUAGUAACUUAAUAAAUGAAUUUUGUAUCCUAUUAAACCCAUUCCUGUCUUUGUUACAAAAGUGUUCAUAGAUAAUUUAAUCUGGCUGCUCAAUUUCCCUUGUUGCUACAAUAACAUUCAGUGCUUUUCAAAAAGGUCUCCCCGCGCCCCAACUUAUUUUUUGAACGGAUCAAGUUAGCAGGCUGAGAUUUGAGGUGAUGAAAUCAAUGCUUGAAUAUUCUAGCGUUUACCACAAUUAAGUGUGGAAAAUCACAACAAUCAUGUGGUGACCGUUUUUCGCGAUGCAUUGGUGGAGGCGUUCUUGACAGUUCGCGUAGUCUCUCUCCAACCUCCUUAUCUCAACUUGGGUGACUUGCACGCGAGUUGCCUCCUUCAACUCGUCCAGAGUUCGGGGCUUGUGCUCGCAUACACGAGCCUUGAGGUGACCCCACAGCCAGAAAUCGCCUAUGGAUAAAUCUGGUGACUGAGGAGGCCAGCGAACAUCAACAAACCUGGAAGUAAGGCAACCACGGAAGAGAGGGCGAAUAACGUCCAUCGUUGCUCUGUGCCAUUACCGUAUUCGAAGAAGUAAGGGCCGAUGAUGCAAUUUUGCGAUACAACCGUCACUUUUGGGGUGUGCAGCGGUCUUUCAUGUAACUGUCGCGGAUUUUCAUUAGCCCAAUAAUAGCAAUUCUGCUGGUUAACCAUGCCAUUAAGAUGAAAGGCUUCAUCACUCAUGAACAAAACGAGGUUCUCAUUUUGCACGAUAACUGCUUCCAUCUCACAUGCGAAGUUCAUUCGUUGUUGCGUUAUCUCCAGGCUGUAACUGUUGCACAAUGGCCAAUUUGUAGGGGUGAAAGUGGAGUUCCAUUAUGCAAAACACGCCGAUUACUGAGGCGAAGUUCAGCAGCAUGUUGCCGAGCAGAAGGAGGGCUUGUCGAACGCGUUCCACAUUUUCAGAGGUUCCUGGUGGUAUUUUGUUGAUCAGUACACCAGGUAUGCGGAGUGAUUGAACCCAACGAAGGAUGGUGUUUCCAGAAGAAACAGCUCGAUUCCGAUGAAUAUACUCACUCUGUACAGCCGUGAGAGACUCAUUGUGUCGGACAAAACUGUCGUACGCGAAAAAGCGGUGCUUAACCGUCCACUGUUCCAUAAUGUCUACUGGUAAAAAUGCUAGGAACGCCCGAGUCAAACGGCACUCUUCCCAUCGCUCUCGCCCGAAUAGGCGGAGAGUACUAGCCAUUUUAAAAACAUCCGUCCUUUGUGCCGGAUCCUGUAUUUUAGCGUGAAAAUUUCCAAAUGACCAUCUCGGAAUAUUUUUGUAAAUUGAAUACAUAAUUUUUAAGCUCUUUAUAACCCCCGAAUAUAAGAUCAGUAUCUCUCAAAAUAACCGCCAGGCAUGUGACCAGGCGCCAUCGUGAAAUUGUCACCCUGAUUUAAGCUUGCUAGCUUCGCCCAUUCAAAAAAUGUGUGGAUGGGGACCAUUUGAAAAACCACUAUAUAGUUUGAGAGCGGAAUAAUGUAAAGAACAUUUGAUGUCGAAAGACGAGGAUCCACUGAUGGAAUAAAGUCGUCGGCACAUUUUUUUUAUACAUGAUUAUACAAUUAGUAAUAUAUAUAUAGAAAAUUA